AUGGUUGCAGAGAGCGCAAAUGGAGCAAUUGUUCGAACGGUAAAUACUCUAAGUAAACCGAUUUCAUCAUCAAAUUUACAUUCAUCAGCACUUACGGGUGAGAUUAGACUGUAUUCCGGUAACACUUCGCCUUUACCUCAAUAUUGGGUCUUCUGUCAUGGACAAGAGCUUCCUCGUUUGGAGUAUGCACGGCUAUUUUCUGUAAUCGGUGUGUCAUAUGGCAAUGGAGAUGGACAAACAACAUUCAAUGUGCCCGACUUUCGCGGACGAUUUCCGUUAGGUGUUGAUGAAUCGCAAAUACGUAUUAUCAACGCGAAAAAACCUGGCCUAAUGGGAGGCUAUGAAACACAUCAACUAUCAAUUGAACAGCUUCCUUCACAUCAACACAACAAAGGCUCAUUGACUAUUCUAGCUAGUGGAAGCCACACACAUCCAUAUACCGAUCCGGGACAUGAUCAUGGAGGGAAAACGGGUGAUGGUCCGUUCGAGAAUAACAGUGUUUACGGCUUGAAGAGUGGUGGCAUAUCAGAAGAUCACGGUAGACAUUCACACACAAUUGCGAGAGACACAACUCAUAUAGUAAUACAUGAAGCGGGUACUCAUUCACAUGGAGUUGAGGGUGAAACUGGAACAGCUGGUGCUGGGCAAAGAGGUCGACCUGCUAAUGAACGUUAUCCUUUCCAAAAGCAACAUCCACAAGCAAAAACACAUGUUUUGAUGAAGUACAGUGAAUAUCGUGUACCGAUUCUUUAUGGUCCACAAAUUCCUCGACGAGAUCGUGAUGAUACUCGAGAACGAUAUAGUCAAGCUCUUCUCACACUUUUCGUACCUUGGCGCGCCGUUACUGAUCUUUGUGACGUCAAUCAAACAUGGGAAGAUGCUUUUAAAUCUCGGCAAAAUCAUAUUUCCAUUCAUUCAUGGAAUAUUAUAGAAAAUAUUCAACUUUUACAUGAAUGUAAAAAAGGUCGCGAUGAACAUUUGCUUCAAGUUAUUACUGAAGCUCAAACUGAUAACGAUGCAAUUGAUCCUAUUCUUUUACCUAGAAAUCAAGAUAUUGAUGGUGAAUAUGACAUGAACGAUAGUGAAGACUUAUUAGAAUUACUAGACAAUAUAGAUGAAUACACAACUGUAGCAAUUAAUACCACCAAAAAAUCAGCAGAAGAUAAAUAUAUUGAAGAAACUAUUGAAGCAGUCGAAAAUGUUGGACGAUUUAGUCAUAUAAAUAUUCAUCGUCAAUUUUCUUUAAAUGAAUAUAUCGAUUCUGCGAAUCAACAACUUGUACCGUUUGUUUCCGCAACACCAAAUCUUGUUCGACUAAACACAAAAUGGCAAGAACAACUGAAAACUGAGAGACAACGAGCUAGACGAACUUUAAUUACAGGCAACUAUGACAAAACAGAUGACACAUUAGAUUUACAUGCUGCAAAAGAUGCCGUUAUAACAGUGAUGAAUCCAAAUAAUUAUAAUAAUAAUAAUUUUGAAAAUUAUGACUCAAUUCUUCCAGUGGUCUCAGUCGCAACCAACUUUCCCACUCAACAAAUUAUCGCCGAUGAAUUUACAUUAAAUAGAGAACAACGAGCUGCUUUUAUGAUAAUAACAAGUCAUCUUGAUGGUGACAGCCGAUGUCGUACAGGUGACAAUAAUGGGCAGCUCAUCAUGUGUAUACCUGGAUGUGGUGGUACAGGCAAAUCACAACUUAUUCGUGCUCUUAGUAAAUACUUUCUUAUUAUGAAAAGGAUGCAAAUGAUGCGAAAACUUGCACCCACUGGUAUUGCUGCUGCCGAGAUAGGUGGUAUGACAAUACAUUCAUUUUUGGGUGAACAACGUAAUUCCGGAAAGCUACGAACAGUCAAACCAGGUGAUUCAAAACUCGAAAAAGAAUGGAGACUCGUCGAAUAUCUAUUGAUCGAUGAGAUGAGUAUGGUUGGUUUAAAUUUAUUAGCAAAACUUAAUCGGAUCAUUUGCUCUGCGAAACAUGUCGAUCCUCAAAUUCCAUUCGGUGGCGCUCCGAUUCUUGUGCUCCGAAAUGAAGUACGGACGCAAUUGAACAACAAGGCAGCAGAGACGGGACAAGCACCAAUGGUAUGUGUCUCUCAAGACACUUGCAAAGGCAAACCAAUUGAAGAUCCAAGACUGAUUAAGAAGCUGUUAGAAUUAUCUGAUAGCAAAACAGAGCAUUUACCUGCUUUGUUAUCUUUGGUUCCUGGAAUGCCUGUUAUUUUAACACAAAAUAUUGCUAUUGAACUGGGUCUUAUUAAUGGAAUGAAUGGAAUCUUUUGA